AUGCGCUUCGAACCGACGACCUUCGACCUGGACGAUGAGGAAGACGGCGAGCCUUCUCUGGUGGAUGAGACAAAGCCAUGGCUUGUGGGUGUACGUCUAGAGAAGCCAAGCCGUGACGACCACGUAGUGCAAUGCGCGGGAAUAGUCCAAGAUGGCUCGCGGUGUACGCGAACGUAUGUGCAAAAGAGGUCGGCAGCACUGACUGUGUCGUAUUGCUUCAAGCACAGAUACCAACAACGCUUGCUCUUCGCGAGCCUCGUCAUGGAGAUUCCACACUUUGGCCUUGCAAGCGCCUUCUUCUUUUGCGUUCCCAUGGUGCUCCUGGCCAACUGCAUGAUUCGAAUGAUGUUAGUCGCGUGGCUGCCCGCACCGCGCACCAUGCAGCGCCUCCGCGCUAUCCAAACGGCCUAG